GAGAUUUGUAAUAUAAGUUCACCUCCUUUAUAUUCGCCUUCAAUCAAGCGCUGGAAAUCGUGUUCUAGAAUUCUCUAAUCACUGGAAAUGCCGUAAAGAGUUAUUUCAUUAACUUUGCAAAACAAACAAGAAAAAAAAAGACUUUUAUUGUUGCUCACAGAUGGAGAUGUUUGAAUAAAUAAGCAUUAUGGCAGGAGGCAAGUUUGACCAUCCAGCACGUAAACUUCAUGCACAAGAUGUUUUAUCAUUAGAGAACAGAGGUGGUGCGUGGAGCUACAAUAAGGCUGGCUUAAAAUUCACUGUGUCAUUAGUGUGGGUUCAAGGAAAGCUGAUAUCUUUUACUGAAGACAAGAAGCAGGUAAUCUUGCAAGAUGGAAAUACUAAUGUCAGUAUUACAAACUGUCAUACCAUUCCUGGUGGAAAUGCCUGGAUUUCACAAGGCCAGUACGUGAUGGUAGUAGGUGAAAUGCAAGAGGAAUUAGACGGCACAAAUGCCAUCCGUGCAAUCAAGAUGGCUGACCUAUCUUCCAAUAGUGUACACGCAGCCACUUGGAAGAGUGAAGUUGCUGAAAUCAAGGCCUUAAUGCGUGAAAAUGCAAGCUUGUGCUCCUGAUGGCUUCCU